GAAUUGUUUUAAAUAAAACUGUUGGGGGGGUUGGGGGGAAUCACUUGCGUAGAGCCUACCGUAACUGUAAGAAUAGACGCCCUACGAAAAUCUGAAAGAGUCAUAUAAAACAUCCAUGUUUGAAAUCCGUUCGUGGUCCGUUUGUGGGUCUUCUUGCGCGUGUGUUGUGUCGUUGCGUGUGUCGUGCUGGCAGUACUGCGGCUGAGAUGCGGAGGAGGAGUUUGAGAUCACUUCCUCUCAGUUGACGUUCAGCUCUGGACCUUCCAUGCUUGCGAUGAGCGGGCUCUAAUAAUAGGAAGAAUACCGUUAUCCGAAAGAAUGUUUUUGAGACCGAAGACAUAUGAUCUUUUGAUCGUUUGUACUGUAAUAUAAGGAAUGACCGAGUACCUGUGUAGUCAUAUUUUGGCCUUGUUUUUCUUCUUCUUUUGUCCUCUGAUCAGACUGCCGUUUGCGGUUAAAUAAAGCCCACAGUCAUACGGAAUGUGGUACAGAAGUGAUUUAGAAGAUGGAUACGAAUUGAAUAAAACAGGCUCCAGUGGUGGCAGUUCUCUAGGAUGGGUCCCUGGCCACGAAUCAGCCUGGCACAGCAACCCCCCCGGCCCUGGGAACAGUAUCUCUGGUGGGCGCCGACACAGCACAGUGUCUGACAGUGGUGACACUGGAAUUGGCACUUACUGCUCUGACAGUGUGGAAGACGACUCCAGUUCCAGUACAACGCCUUUGUCUUUCCAGCCACUGUAUGAGCAUCUCAUGGGCCAGGAUGAUAGUGCCACCCCUGUUGUCCAUGCCAUGCUGUCCCCAUCUUCCUCACCCUACACCAGUUUUAGAAAGAUAGCCACACCGAGCAGCGCAGGUCGCUGGAGCAGGUCUUGCCAGCUGCUUAUGCCAGACAUGUCUCCCCUGAGUGCACAAAGCUGCCUGGAUAUGAAGGACAAUCAGCCUAUCCGGAGGUGGUCCUCUCUCACCAAGUUGUCAUCUGGGGCUGAUAAGAGCUUCACUCGGACGUCAGUCAAUCAGUACAACCCAGAUUCACAAGGCUCCCUGGACAGAAGUCAGUUACAUGGGUACAGAAAACAACCUCAUGGUUCAAACUGGGACCUUUAUUUACCUAUAUCGUCUUCCAUGCUCUGCAAUACCUUGCUGCAGCGCUCCCCAGGUGCUGGCCCCUGCUACCGAUACAACCACAGCAGUAGAUCUAAUGGUUUGGAAACAGAUCUGUCCUUUUCCUCAGCUCUGUCAUCAUCCGUAAAACACAACAGUUUGGACAUGGACUGUAGUGCUUUACCAGAAGCUAAACUGGUUCGGGGAGGUGCACAGGUUUAUGACCUCAGCUUACCCAACCAAGCAAACUCACUGGGUCAUCAGACUGAUAGAGACUCCCCGAUUCAGCCUGCAGUUCGCACCCAGAUGUGGCUGACUGACCAGAUGGAGUACAGACCCAAAGUAGAGGGUGGACCAGGCCAACCUGGUCAAAUCAGUGCUACUGGAACAGAGGGCUGUGUUGGAGAUGGCCCCUUCUCAUGUCAACAGGGACAUCAGCAGGAACUAGGGCUUAACCAGAUGCUGAUAGGGGCCUCCCUUCCUGUCAAAACUCUGGUGAAGGUUAAAGAAGGGCUGCUGAGACAGCGAGAACUGGAGAUAGAAAGACAAAAGCAGCAGGUCUUGCAGCUCCAUGCCCGGAUCAGAGAGAAUGAGCUCAGAGCACAGCAGGUCCUGCAGAGCCAAAGGGCGUGGUAUGAUGACCCCUACAUUCAAAAUACUAAGGAAUCAGCCAUGAGGACUCCAUCUGAUAGGCUGUGCUGUGAUGAAGAACUUGGUAGAAAGCUAGUAGUGGCUGAAUUGGAAGUACUCCAUUUGAACGAGUUCUUCAAGCAAGUCACACAAAAAUAUACAGAGGACAUCCGAAAACUGGAGGAAAAGAUAAGGACAAGGGAUCGCUAUAUCAGUAGUCUGAAGAAGAAGUGUCAGCGAGAGAGCGAACAGAACCAAGAAAAACAGCAACGCAUAGAGACACUGGAGAAAUAUCUUUCCGACCUGCCAACACUUGAUGAGGUGCAGGCCCAGGCUCAGCAGCAGGAGGAGGUACAGCAGAAGGUCAAGGAUCUGGAGAAAACUGCAUCUCGGUUACAGAAAAGCCUCGACGAAGGAUAUGCUCUGAUGAAGGAGAAAGACAUCAGGAAUGAGAUGCAGGCCAUGAGGGAAAAGGAGUUGAUUGCAUCUGUACAAAGCAUGCAAGAGAAGGUGCAGCACUGUUUGGAGGAUGGGGUGAGGUUGCCCAUGCAGGACCUUAAGCGGCUUGAGGUGGAAAACACUCAACUUCUAGAGCAGCAAGACAACAGCCGCAGGCUGAUUGAGCAUCAGAAAGAACAGAUUGAGAGACUGACCUUGAAGCUAACGCAGCGGCAGGUGGAUAAAGGGCUGUCGGUGCAUGUGGAGAUGCCUGAAGUGGGACGGUUGUUGAAAGAGAUGUCCCUAUGUCUACUGGACCUCCAAGCUCUCUGCAGCAUCCUGGCUCAGAGAGCACAGGGGAAGGAGCCUAACCUGUCUCUCCUUCUGGGCAUGAAAUCAUUGAGUGUUUCAGCGGAGGAGAGUGACUGCAGUGUAGCUGUGGAAGAAGAACUGAGGUUCAAGCUGCUGGAAGUCGGCCAGCUCAGGAGAGACAUUGAUGACCUAAGGAAAAGCAUAUCAGACCGCUACGCUCAGUAGAUGGGUGACAGUUGUUUCUUCCAGUGACAGCAAGUAUCCUCAAGCUCUGAUGACAUUGCUCUAACCCAGUGUGUGUUUAAACUUUUACUUCCAUAUACUUCAUAGAUAAUUACAUAAAUAUUAACCUUAAUUAUAGCUACAAUUAUAAGGUUACAAUGCAGACUUUCCCAAAACAAUUACUUUGGGCCACCUUCACGGUGUGGAUUGUACAUGAUGGCAGACCAUGGUUAUGUGUCAUGUAUCAAUCAUGUUGUUCAGCCUACCCACAUAUGGAGUGGUUUGCCUUCACACUACAGAUUUGUGUUGGAUCCAAGACCAGUAUACAACAACUUUGACUAGAGGUGUGACGAGAUCAAACUGUAACGAGACUUCUCGUAGAGGUAGAAAUUGACUUGCGAUGUCGGUGACAAGUGCAAAGCAGACGCCAGUAGACAAGUCUAACCUGGUUAGUUUUUUAAUACAUCUGGAUUUGAAUAUGAGUCUGGCUCGGACCUCUAAAUCAGCAUAGAAGAUCCCCUGCCCAUUCUCUAAAGUUGACGUUAACGUCAAAGGGUACAGUUGCUCUCGCUAUCUCGUUUGCACCCGACACACACACACACUGACUGCAGCGUGCAGAUUGCUCUCCUUUUUUUAAAUAAGUUCAGAAGCAGACUCAUUAAACUUUACUUAUAAUGAUAUUGAACAAAGAGAAACGUUCUCCCCUGGUCUUAAAAUUGUCAAAAAACACUACAAGAGCAGACUACUUUUUUGUUUACUGCUGCAAUGAAAUGCUUAACCUUGGUUCUCUGAGUAAAGAAUAUUUUUCCUGUCAUAUUUCUUAAUUCAAGUUGUCUUUAAAUUAGUGUUAAAAUCUUGCCUCGUCUCGUGAACCCAAUUUCGUGUCUCGUCUCGUGAGCGGAGUGUCUCGUCAUACCCCUACAACAUACCAAACAUACCUCUCUUGAAAAACAGCCUUGGAUCCGUAAAAAAACUCUCAAAUCAGCCUAUGUGUGAAGACACCUAUUGUCUGCCAGAAUCUACACAACUGAAAUUAA